UGACAUGGGGGACCACUUCAUCGUGCCCUGCGGCGCCUGCAGACAAGUGAUGAGAGAGUUCGGCACGGACUGGGACAUCUACCUGACCAAAGCGGACGGCACCUAUAUCGUCAAGAGGCUGGAGGAGCUGCUGCCGCUCUCCUUCGGCCCUGAGGACCUGAAGAAGGUGUGA